UCACAUUACUGUCAAUGUCAAGUCACUUUCAUAUUUUGAAUUCGUUUUCAGCGGUUUAUAAUCACUGUAUUCCCUUUAUUAAUUGAGCAGUAACGAGAAAAAACAUUACGUUCAAGAAAAUGCUUCGAAGAUCAAACAGCAGCUCGCACAUACCCGUGCCAAGGACUAAUUUAUUUGGAAUUAUUGGUACUGGUGGUUCAAGAAGAGCCCAAUCAUCCUCUAGGUUGAGUCAAAACAAUGAACAAGCAAAUGGUGCCAAAAAACCGAAACGUACUACUUCUUUGGAAAGGAAAUCGAGCAUCACACGAUUAUCCAAACUAACACCUAUGAAUUCAAGAGGCAGAGGCCCAAGCACACUAAGAAGUACCCCUGGAUCUAGUACCAUCAGUCAAAGAAGCUGUGGAUCAAGACUAACUCAGACCGAUUCUGCUCUGAAAGAAAGAAAAACCAUCCAGAAGUUGUCAACUGAUAAGUUUUGGGUUGCAGAACAAUUCUCCAAGGUUCAGCAUUUCAUAAAUUUCAGCCAACUUUUCGAUCCCAGCAUGGUAACAUCAAGCAACAUUAAACCGCCUUCCAUCAAGGCGUUCAUUUAUAUAACCUCUGUUCUUCUAAGAGAAAUGUUUCCCAACGUCCAACUGACAAGUCAGAAUUACAAAGAGGUUAUACCGCAAAAACUGAAAGUGUUGCAUUAUCCAGGGACAAUAGCUGUUUCAGUUCUAAAGACAGUUAACACAAUGCAUGCUUGGCCCCAAGUCAUAGGCAUGUUCGGUUGGUUGAUUGACAAAAUAAAUAUGGGUCAUGGUUUGGAAGAUAUCUCUUUGGAUCAUUUAGAACCAGAAGAAAGGCAGAAAUUUUUGCUGACCAAGAAUGUCAUUGAUCACAUGGUCAGUAGAUAUCUGAUAUUCAAUGCUCAUGACAAUGACCCUGAGGAAAUUGCUGCAGCGAAUGCCGAUUACCUGAAAAAUAUUGCCUAUAUAUUGGAGUUUGAUCCGGAGAAGCAUGCAAAACUGGAGAGAGACAUGCAGCACAAACAAGAGUAUCAUAAAAAUAUUUUAGCUGAGGUGGAAAAAUUGACUUCAGAAAACCAGAAAAUAGAAUCUCAGUUGAAAGAAAUCCAGCAAGCCCUCGACCAAAACAAACAGUCAGAUUCACAAGAAGAAGCGGAACUAGAUGCUGAGUUUCACCGAUUGGAGAGUACCAUCCAAAAGAUCAAGGAAAAGAAAGUGAGCUUGGAAGAAAGCAUCGCCAAGUUGUCAGAGGCAAUAAAGACGCAACCAUGCAGUUACAAGGAAAAAAUGGAGCUGCUGAAGAGAAUCAAAGCUCUGGAAGAUAAAAGGGAUAUCGUUAAGGGAAAGAUUGAGCACGCUCAGAAAAUCAAGAGUGACUUUGAUGCCAAACUCAAUGCCGAACAAGCCACGUUGCAAAAUCUGGUCAUUGAUUGGAAUCGGUCCUUGAUGGAAGUGUCCAUCAAAAAACCUGAACUGAAAAAGCUUAUGCUAAAAGAGACCGGUUUCCACAAACCUUCCUAUCUGGAUGAAAUAAAGAAAGUUGCCCAGCUGAAAAUAGAGUUCGAAGCCGAAAUGGCUCGGAAAAUGGUGGACAUUGAAAACGAACUGAAAGACAAAACAGCCAGAAAGAAAGCCAUCGAAAAUGAGGUUGAAACUCUAGAAAAAAUGAUAUCAGAAAUAGAUGAACAAAUGCAGAGACAUGGCAAGAAAAAGGUUGAAAUGGAAAUGGAUUUUGCGAGGGUGAAGGCGGAAUACGAAAAAGAAAGAGAAGAGCUAACGCAAGAGCUGAGGAAUCCCCAGAAAGAAGAAGAGCUCAAGAUCCUAUCGGAGAAAGAGUCGUUAUUGAGAAACGAAAUGGAAAGCAUGGAUAAACUGGUAAAGACUGAGCAAAAAAAGAUUGUGUGUUUCUUUGUGGAUCUUCACAAACAAGUCAGGCAUAACAUCUCAGAAAUGGACAAUAUACUGAAAAACGUUGAGCAAAAAUUUGAACAACGUGCUCUGCAAGCCCUAGAAAACGGAUCUCGAAUAAUAGAUACGAUGAAAACUUUGAAGGGUUCAGAAAGUUCAGGCGAAUGAUUUUUCUUUGUUACCUCAAGUUGAUAAGUUCAAAUCUUUUAUAUUGCUUUUUGUAAUAAGCAUAGUGAUCUCUAAGUUAUUCGAAAAAUUUAGUUUGAGUAUAAAAGUAAAUAUAACCAACAGGAAUGGCACAUCGGAUUCAAAUUUUUUAUAACAGAUGUUAACAGGGGAUUUAAUUGCAGUUUUUAUCCUUGCCUUUGUGAGUACCAAGUCGAAUAUUAUUUAUUUUGAGAUGUCAUUUAGAAGGACUCGCCACCACGAGUGACAUUUCAUCCAGCAGUAACGUAACCUUCUCGUAUUCAAACAUUAUUUUCUCUCGAUUUUGAUAUUUUACACCGCUUAAGACACAUUUGGGGUAAUGGCUCAAAUGUUGAUUGAAAUUGCUUGUGUAGCCUGUUUUUUUAAAAUUUUUUUAAUAAAUGUUCUGUGAAAAAUCA